CGUAGCAAGAUCAAGCAUACAAGACCACAGGCGCUAUCCAUGCUCAGCCCAGGCAUAGAGGACCUCAGGCAGCUCAUUGCAGAUGCCUCAGACUCGCCAAAUAUAGUCCCCGUCUAUGCAACCAUACCCGCAGACGACCUCCCUGCAAAUGCCUAUCUCAAACUAUGCAAGGGCAGCAAGUACUCCUUCCUCCUGGAGAGCGUCUCUGGCGGAGAAAAGCUGGGCCGCUUCAGUUAUGUCGGCACAGAUCCCUAUCUCGUUGUCAAGAGCGGGCCCGGCCAUGGCAAGGAAGAAGACCCGCUCAUUGACUUGGAAGCGCGACUCAAGGGCUACCGCAAGCUCGAUGUUCCUGGUCUGCCGCCCUUUAGUGGCGGGGCUAUUGGCUUCGUCUCCUAUGAUUGCGUCAAGUAUUUUGAACCACGUACACGGCGCGAUCUAAAGGACGUCCUGGGCACACCCGAGUCAGUCAUGCUCUACCACAAAACAGUCGUCUGCUUCGACCACAUCUACAAUAACGUCAAGAUUGUCACGCACCUCUUUCUCGACAACCCUCUUGAGGAGGAGUACAAGCUCGCUGAAGAGACCAUCAAGCAAUACAUCCAUCUCCUGCAGCAACCGACCCCUGCUGUGGAACAACCACCCAUCUCCCUUGACCACCAGUACGAAAGCAACAUUGGUCAAGCAGGCUACAAAGCACACGUCACAAAGCUCAAGGAACAUAUUCGUAAAGGCGACAUCAUCCAGGCUGUGCCCUCACAACGCAUUCGCAGAACCACAGACCUGCAUCCCUUCAACAUCUACCGACAACUUCGGCAGGUCAACCCCUCACCGUACAUGUUUUACAUCAAAUGCGACGACUUUACUCUGAUUGGUGCAUCGCCUGAAUUGCUGGUCAAGGCGGAAGCCGGUCGUGUCUUGACACAUCCUAUUGCAGGCACCGUGCAUCGUGGCAAGACUGUUGAAGAAGAUGAUGCACUCGCAGCUCAACUCCUUGAGAGCACGAAAGAUCGUGCUGAACAUGUCAUGCUUGUGGAUCUGGCGCGUAACGACAUUAACCGUGUGUGCGAUACCCGCACCACCUCUGUCGAUCGCUUCAUGACCGUUGAACGCUUCUCACACGUCUCACACCUCACUUCACAAGUCUCCGGUGUGCUGCGAGAGGAUCAAACACGCUUCGAUGCAUUCAGGAGUAUCUUCCCAGCAGGCACUGUUUCAGGCGCUCCAAAAGUCCGUGCCAUGGAACUCAUUGCCGAGCUCGAAGGUGAGAAGCGUGGCGUGUAUGCCGGUGCCGUGGGUCGUUGGGGCUAUGAUAAUACCAGUAUGGAUACAUGUAUUGCCAUUCGCACCAUGACAUACAAGGAUGGUUCUGUCUACCUGCAGGCAGGCGGUGGUAUUGUCUUUGAUAGUGUUGAAGAGGAUGAGUAUAUUGAGACACUCAACAAACUCAAGGCCAAUAUGACGACCAUCAAGAAGGCAGAAGAGUACCAUUUGGGACUUCAGCAAAGUCGCGCAUAGAUUUAGACCACAUUUAGCAUGCCAAUAAGGCUCAUUUACAAUUCAACACUU